AUGUUGAAGCAAAAUUCACGUAUCGCUACACGAGUAGCAAGGGUGCUGGUGUCUCCUCUGCCUCGAUUGACGCCUCCGACCGCUCGUGGCUUCUCUUCCAAGGGGCCCAAGACUCUAGUGACAAGCGUCCAAACAAAUGAAGCAUACGCACCAAUUAAAGCCGCUGGCCAAGUCUGGCUUUCGGGCCAGAUACCAGCCGAUGCAGAAGGCAAUUUGAUUCAAGGAUCCAUAACAGAGCAGACAGAAACUAUCAUUAAAAAUACCGAAGCUAUCCUGAAAGCCUCCGGCACUGGAUUGGAACGAGUUGUCAAAGUAGUGGUGUACGUCAGAGAUGCAGAUAUCAUGCCUGACUUCGCAUCCGUGUACGAUGCCGCAUUCCCACAUCGGCCUGCGCGUUCUAUGGUGGAGGUGUCGAAGUUGCCGGCAGGGGUAGAUAUCCAAGUAGACUUUACGGCGGUUAUAUGA